GGCCUGCAAAGCAGGGCGGGAAAAGCAGGCCGCGCGGUUCCGCCCACCGCGGCGGCAGCGGCCUGGUUCGGCGAACUGCAGCCGGCCUCUCUGGGGGGGCUUCGCUUUCCACCCCACCCCUCCCCGAGCGGACAUGGCCCAGGUGAGGGGCUUGUGGCAGCCGCGGGGGGAGGCUGCCGAGGCGUCCCCGGAGCAGCCCGAGAGCUACCAGCUUCGCCAGGAGAACGAGCUGCAAGUGCUGGAAUCUAUCUACGGGCGGGACUUCCAGGACUUGCGCCACGGCAAGCCGUGGAAGGUACAGCAGCCUCCAGAAAUCAAUCUAGUUUUGUACCCUCAGGGCUUGACAGGUGACCAUGAAGUCUAUGCCAAAGUUGACCUGUGGGUCCAAUGUCCCCAAACUUACCCUGAUACAGUUCCAGAAAUUGAGCUUCAAAAUGCAAAGGGGUUGUCAAAUGAAAACAUUAACUUGUUAAAAUCCAGACUAGAGGAAUUGGCAAAAGAACGUUGCGGAGAGGUGAUGAUAUUUGAAUUAGCAGAUUACGUACAAUCAUUUCUCAGUGAAUACAAUAAACCACCUUUAAAAUCUUUCCAUGAAGAAAUGCUAAAGAAUCAGCAAAAAGAACAAGAAAGGCUUGCUCUGGAAGAAGAGCGGCGAAUCCAAGACCUUAGGAGGAAAGAAGAGCAAAUGCAACGUGAAAUUCUUGAUGAGAUUCAGAGAAGGGAAGAAGAAAAGAGAGAAGAAAGAAAAAGGAAAGAAAUAGCAAAACAGGAGCGUUUGGAAAGUGCUGCUUUGACAAACCAGGAAAUAUCUGCCAGUAGAGAUACCACAGGGAACAAAGUAACAUCCAGUUUAAAUGGAGGUGCUACAGAACAUGGAGGGAACAAUAAAUACCGUGCAAAUUCCACCGGGCGUUCAAAAAGAGAGCGUCAGCAUUCGGCAUGCAGUAAUGAAGAAUCUCUGGGAACGCCUGAAAUUCUGAAUUUCAAUGCCAGUAGUAUUGGUCUACUCAGGGUACACAAAGGAAAGUGCAUAGACAAGGAUGAGCAGCUUGGUAAAUCAGUCUACAAUGGUUUGGAGUUGUGCACUGGCAACUUUGUCCUGGUCCAUGAAUGGGUACUUCAGUGGCAAAAGAAAAUGGGGAAAUUUCUCACAAGUCAAGAACAGGAAAAGGUUGAAAAAUGCAAAAAGCAGAUACAGGGAGCAGAAUCGGAGUUCAGUUCUCUGAUGAAGUUAAGCCACCCCAACAUAGUCCGUUACCUAUCGAUGGCCUUUAAAGAGCACAGUGACUCAAUCACGGUCGACAUUUUAGUGGAACACAUUGGUGCAUCCAGCCUUUCUGUGUACUUGGACAAAGAGAUCCCCCUUCCUAUGGAUCAGCUGCGUCAUUACACAAGCCAAGUUUUGUCUGCUCUUGACUACCUACACAGCAAUUCAGUGGUGCACAAGGUUCUGAGUGCGUCCAGCAUUCUGGUGGAUAGUGAAGGAAAUAUCAAACUGACAGACUACAGUAUUUCCAAACGCUUGGCGGAUAUCUGCAAGGAGGAUGUUUUUGAACAACCCAAAGUUCGGUUUAGUGAGGAUGCCUUGCCGAACAAGCCAGGGAAAAAGGGAGAUGUCUGGCGGUUAGGGUUGAUGCUGCUUUCUCUCAGCCAGGGACAAAUAACUAAGGAAUAUCCAGUCUCAGUUCCAAAUGAUUUGCCUGCUGACUUUCAAGACUUUUUGAAAAAGUGUGUUUGUUUGGAAGAUAAAGAAAGGUGGAGCCCUCAGCAGCUAUUGCAACACAGUUUUAUAAACCCACCACAGGUAGUUGUAAUGGAAGAAAGCCCAGAAGAUUCGACAGGAAUAGAUGAUAUUGAAACUGUUAUCCCCUGCAGUCAGUAUGCAAGCGAUGUCUUUGUCACAGAAACACAGAGGCAAUUUUCUCGUUAUUACAAUGAGUUUGAAGAGUUACAGUUGCUUGGUAAAGGGGCCUUUGGAGCUGUCAUCAAGGUGCAGAACAAACUGGAUGGCUGCUGUUACGCAGUAAAGCGAAUUCACAUCAAUCCCACAAGCAAGCAGUUUCGAAGAAUUAAAGGGGAAGUGACCUUGUUAUCACGCCUGAACCAUGAGAACAUUGUGCGCUAUUACAACGCGUGGAUAGAGAAGCACGAGAGGCCUUUGCUCAGUUCUCCGACAUCGGAAACCACAGAAGGGAAGAAAGUCACUGACAAACUGGCUCAGAAUGGGAAGGGUGAAGCAGAAUCUAUGGAUGACAUAGAAGCAAACGCCCCUCCUCCGGUUCUGACCAGUUCAGUGGAGUGGAGCACCUCAUGUGAGAGAUCUUCAAGUGCCAGGUUCAGUGGAGGGGAUCAGGAAUCCAGUGAUGAUGACGAGGAUGAAGAUGGAGGUGUAUUUGCACAGUCAUUCUUGCCAGCAGCGGAUUCUGAAAGUGAUAUCAUUUUUGAUCAUGAAGAUGACAACAGCAAAAAUCCUAUGAUGGAUGAAGGCUACAAAGGAAAAAAUAGUCACAGUGAAGAGGAUGAAACAUCAGCAAUUCAGACUGUUCACCAUCUGUACAUUCAGAUGGAAUAUUGUGAAAAGAGCACUUUGCGGGAUACCAUUGACCAAGGUCUAUAUGAAGAUACCAAUCGCCUCUGGAGAUUUUUCCGGGAAAUUCUGGAUGGAUUAGCUUAUAUCCAUGAAAAGGGAAUGAUUCACCGAGAUCUGAAACCUGUCAACAUUUUUUUAGAUUCCGAAGACCAUGUGAAAAUUGGUGAUUUUGGUUUGGCAACUGAUCACCCAGCAUAUGUAGCAGACACAAGGCAAGGAGAAGGAGAGGAUUGUUUGGCAAAAAGUGAUCCUUCUGGUAACUUAACAGGAAUGGUUGGCACCGCUCUUUAUGUGAGCCCAGAGGUCCAAGGAAGUACUAAAUCUACUUACAAUCAGAAAGUGGACCUCUUCAGUUUGGGCAUAAUAUUCUUUGAGAUGUCUUACCAUCCGUUGACGACUGCAUCGGAAAGGAUCUUUGUUCUCAGUCAGCUAAGGCUUCCUUCUAUUGAAUUUCCAGAAGACUUUGAUGAAGUGAAGAAUGCAAAACAGAAAUUGGUUAUUGCUUGGCUGUUGAACCAUGAUCCUUCCAAAAGACCAACUGCUAUGGAGUUGUUAAAGAGUGAGCACCUUCCUCCACCUCAGAUGGAGGAGUCUGAACUUCAUGAAGUGCUUCAUCAUACUUUAGCAAAUGUGGAUGGGAAAGCUUACCGGACAAUGAUGGGUCAGAUAUUUUCACAGCGCAUCUCUCCUGCAAUUGAUUACACCUAUGACAGUGACAUUCUCAAGGGCAGUUUUUCAGUGCAAUCAAUCAAGAUCCAGCAACAUGUAUGUGAGACAAUCAGCCGAAUCUUUAAAAGACACGGAGCUGUCAAGCUGCACACCCCCUUGCUUAUGCCUAGGAACAGAAAACUGUAUGAACACAACGAAGCUUCAUAUUUAAUGGAUCACAGUGGAAUGCUGGUGAUGCUUCCUUAUGAUCUCAGGAUUCCUUUUGCAAGAUAUGUAGCUAGAAAUAACAUAACAAAUUUGAAAAGAUAUUGUAUCGAGCGGGUUUUCAGGCCUCGGAAAUUAGACCGCUGUCAUCCAAGAGAGCUCUUAGAAUGUGCUUUGGAUAUCAUCACUCCUGCUGGCAACAGUUUUCUACCUAUUGCAGAAGCAAUCUACACAAUUUCUGAAAUAAUCCAAGAGUUUCCUGUGUUGCAGGAAAGAAACUAUAGCAUCUUCUUGAAUCACACUGCCUUACUGAAAGCUAUCCUCCUGCAUUGCGGGAUACCUGAAGAUAAACUCAAUCAAGUUUACAUCAUUCUGUACGAUGCUGUGACUGAAAAAUUAACUAAAAGAGAAGUGGAAGCCAAGUUCUGCAACAUUUCUCUGUCAUCAAACAGUCUUGUUCAACUGUACAAAUUCAUUGAACAGAAAGGGGAGUUGCAAGAUCUGAUGCCAUUGUUAAACACGAUAUUGAAGCAAAAGACGGGGGCCACCUCGCUGGUGAAACUCGGCAUGAAAGAGCUUGAGGAAACAGUGGGUCUGCUAAAGAAACUUGGCAUAAAAAUUCAGGUAUCCAUAAAUUUGGGGCUGGUUUAUAAAAUACAGCAACACAAUGGAAUUAUAUUUCAGUUUAUUGCAUAUAUUAAACGCAGACAUAGGAUAGUUACUGACAUUCUCGCUGCUGGGGGAAGAUACGAUCAUUUGAUUCCACAGUUUAGAGGCCCACAAGCAGUUGGUCCAGUUCCUUUGGCAGUUGGAGUCAGCAUAGCUAUAGACAGAAUAAGCUCAGCAGUUUUGAGUAUGGAAGAGCCUAUUACAGUGAGCUCUUGCGACCUGUUAGUCGUUAGUGUUGGCCAAACAUCAAUGGCAAGAGCUCUCAAUAUUGUUCAGAAGCUCUGGACUGCAGGAAUAGCAGCUGAAAUCAUGUAUGACUGGUCCCAGUCCCAGGAGGAACUGCAGGAAUAUUGCAGGUGUUCCGGGAUCACCUACGUGGCCCUCGUCUCUGAUAAAGAAGGAAAUCAUGUAAAGGUGAAAUCAUUUGAGAAGGAAAGGCAGACAGAGAAAAGGAUUUUGGAAUCUGAUCUUGUAGAUCAUCUGGCUCAGAAACUGAGGACCAAAUUCUGUGACGAAAGAAGCAACAGGGAAAUUUCUGAUAAUCAGCCAACACCAAAUCUAAAAGGAUCAUUUUCUAGUACUUCAGGUGUGUCUGAGCCACAUGGAACUGUAGUGGUACCAAAUGUCUGCAUUGUACCAUCAGAGAAGUUGUCUGCAAGUGCCAGGCGGCGCUAUGAAGUUCAGGUACAAACCAAACUCCAGACCUGCAUUGCUACUCUGCAACAGAAAAGUGAAGUUGAAAUUUUAGCAGUGGAUCUUCCAAAGGAAUCUAUAAUGCACUUUUUAUCAUUAGAGUGUGAUGCAGAUGAACAAACCUUCUAUUCAACUGUCAAACAGCUGAUGUCACGAUUGCCGAAACAAAGAUACAUUGAACUGAUUUGCGAUGAAAUCCACAAUAUUAAAAUGAAAAAAAGAGUGCCUGUGCUCAUCCUCUACACCUACAGAGAUGACUAUUACAAAAUUAUAUUUUAGUACCCAAUGUUCAAAGAGAAUGAACUGGAGUACUACUUGGAACCAAUACAUGCUUCCAAUCACGCUAAUGUGAAGAAAUGUUUUGCACACACUUGUUACGGGGACUAUGUCGGGACAACUUUUGAAGUAUUAAGGAUUUAGCUUAAGGAUUUAGCUCCUGUGCCAUACUUCCUGUAUCUCCUUUAAAGCUGUAAAUCUUUCCAGAAUGUAUUGUACAGUAGCCCUUUUUUUUAUAAAGUCCUGUUUGAGUAUCUUGCUGUAUUGCUGUCAUUAUUUCAAGCAAAGCAGUGGGUGGAAGAUUCAACUAGUGACUUAAACAAGAGUUUUAGUAUCCAUAGCACCAAGCCUUAGAAUCUCAAUCUCCUUGUCUGAAGGAGUCUUCUCAUUCAUCAAGAGGACACGGCUGCAAUCUAUAGUGGCAGAAAACCCUUCCCCCUUAUUAGGAUUUAAAUUGCUUUCUACUUGCCACUACUGAACUUGAAGGGUGAAGAGUGUGGCCCUCAAUUGCUGCAGUGAGCAAACAGCAGAGACCACCAAUUCCCAUUUCCCCACAAAUUUCCUAUACAGCCCAAUAAGGAACCUGCCCUCUAAGCUGUGUCUGUCCCAUUUUCUGUUGGCAAACUACUGUAAAUGGGAGUAUUCAUUGGGGUUAAAUCAGGGCUGACAAAGAAGGUAACAUUUAGAGUAUUCCUUUGAGGUUGGCCAUGAGGUUUGGAAUCCAACAUCUGGAGGACUGCAGGUUAACUGCCCAAUUGACACCAUAAGGACUGCUAAGUAAUAGAGUUCUAGCUUGCUGAAAGAAGAGUCAUACUAACAACUCUGAUCCAAGUUCAUCUCAGUCUCAAGUACAAUGUAGGUUUCCUAUUACGUUUCCUCUACACAUCCAACCUAUGUGUAAGCACAAUUAGAAACCCAUAAUACUGACUGUAAUGGAAUGUACUUUCUAUAUGAGAAUUUAGAAUCAAGAUAGUUCAGUACAGCUUCUCUUGCAUUAUGUACAUGUUCUUAAGAAUGACUCCUGCUAAUAGUUUCAUCUAAUUCAGGGAUGUCCAACUCCCAAGAGACAGCGAUCUACUCCCACUAUAAAAACCCUGGCAGUGAUCUAACCAUUGGAUUGAUCAAUAAUCAAAGUUGUUGAACUUUUUUGGGGGAGGAAGACCACCAAAAGUUGUUCAACUUCUUUUUUUGGGGUGG